ACGCGCACACACCCGCACGCAAACGCACACAACACACACACGACUGUGCGCAUACACCGGUACAGCGGAAACGUGAUUUUAUAUUUUAGCGCUUUAUAUUUCAGACCGAAUUCUUCAUGACAUUCAGUUGUGUUUUAACUGAAUGAGUGCAGUUUAACUUCCUGAUCUCAGGGCGUCAUCAUCAUCAUCAUCAUCAUCAGAAUCAGAAUUAGAAUCAUACAUUUUAUUGCCCGUACUGUAAGUUUACAUGUACAGGAAUUUAUCUUGGUGUUGGUGAAUAUUAAUCAUCAUCAUCAUCAUCAUCAUCAUCAUCAUCAUGGACUUCAUGCUCAGUGGAGUGGCGGCGUGCGGCGCGUGUUUGUUCACCAACCCGCUGGAGGUUUGUAAAACCCGGAUGCAGCUUCAAGGUGAGCUGAAGAGCCGCGGCACGUACCGGGUUCAUUACCGGAACGUCUUUCACGCGUUCUACACCAUCGGGCGCGUGGAGGGUUUAUCUGCGCUGCAGAAAGGUCUGGUCCCCGCGCUGCUCUAUCAGUUCUUCAUGAACGGGGUGAGACUCGGUUCAUACGCCACCAUCGAGUCGGCCGGCUACAUCUACACACAGGGGCGCGUGAGCACGGCGAAGAGCACCGCGGCCGGGGCGGUGUCCGGUGUCGUGGGAGCCGUCGUGGGAAGCCCGAUCUACCUGGUAAAAACACACCUGCAGUGUCAGUCCACAGCUUCCAUUGCUGUGGGACACCAGUACAAGCACCGGGGUAUGUUACACGCUCUGUCAGUGAUUUACAGAGAGCACGGCAUUAUGGGACUGUGGAGAGGAUCCAGCGCAGCAGUGCCAAGAGUCAGUGUGGGUUCUGCGUCUCAGCUCUCCACCUUCUCCAUCGCUAAAGAGAUCAUCACUGACCUGGGGAUAUUCUCAACUGAUAGCUGGUUGGUGUCUCUCUGUGCCGGGAUGAUGAGCAGUGUGGUGGUGGUUCUGUUCAUGACACCGUUUGAUGUCAUCAGCACACGACUCUAUAAUCAGCCUGUGGAUCACCUGGGAAAGGGUGAGCUAUACCGAGGCUUCAUGGACUGUUUCUCCAAGACCCUGAGGAAGGAGGGUGUUUUUGGCCUGUAUAAAGGUCUGGGCGCGUCCUAUUUCAGACUUGGACCACACACUAUCCUCUCACUUCUGUUCUGGAACGAACUAAGAACACUUUACCGCAGCUAACACACACACACACACACACACACACACACACACACACACACACACAGGGUUUAAAGUGUUUGUUCAUGCUGGAGUCACAGUAAUAAGACAAAGACUGAAGCUGGUCAUUUCUUCAGAUUUGGAGAUUUAAUAUAAUGGAAACAGAAUGUGACUGGAUUUAACAUUUAUAUUUUACAACAGAGCAGUUUUCCAUUUAAUAAUAAUAAUAUUAACAUCACUAUGUUUUUAUCAGCUGUAUUUUUAAUGUCACUGUGUAAAACAUGACUAAUGCUGCAGGUUCAGUUCAGCUAUUUUUAUAAAAAGGAGAAGAGAUUCGAUCAGAGACCUGAGAGUAACUCCUCAUUACUGUGAUUAACAGUUUAUACAUCAGUAAUUUAUGGCAUUUAAAUGGAGAAAAGAUAAAAUGAGUGUUUAACACAGAAGGAUUCAUUAUAUAAUUACAUUCUAUUCUAAAAAAAUAUUCUGUACUUCACUAUAAGUGACUUUUGCAAAUCACCAGAAAAUACACAAUAGAAUAUAAUACGAAAUGAACUACAGUAAGGAUAUUGUGUAGUAAUAAAAUCCUACACUACAGAGUGAUUAACUCCACACGACUGACACAGUGCACUACUGAGUCACGUUACACUACAGGGCUCGUUCACACCUGACCAAUGAUGAUCAUUACCAAAGGUUAUAGAGUGAGUAGCACAGAGCAGAACUAGUCAAAUGACAUUAAUAAUGACACAAAGUUUAAUAUGGUGUGACAUAUGAAACUGAACUGUAAUAACAAGCCAGAUGUGAAUCUCACCUGAAGCCUUACUCCUGUCAUUAAACGGACUGCUGCAAUGUGUAUGACAGAAUUACGUCCAUAGCUAUGUUUCUGUAAAGCUGCUUGUUAAAAGCACUAUAGAAAUAACACUGAAUUAAUUCUGCUGUGCAGUUAGAACUGUAAUUAACACUCCUGAUAAAUGCUGAUGUCCAUCAAAGGACUGAUGUGAAAUAAAGCUGAUGUUCAGCAUGUAAUAAAGGGGAAUGUGUGUGUGAUUUA